AUGGAUAAUUUAAUUGUUGUGACGGGAUAUGGUCAAUUUUAUGGACACGAAGUUAAUGCAAGUGGAGAAGCUGUAAAACUUUUACCAGAUGAGUUAAUUUUGGGAACAAAAAAAUAUAUUCUAAGGAAAUUAGAGGUGUCAGUAGAGUACGAAGAUGUUGAUAAAAAAGUUGAAGAGAUUUGGAAUAUGAAACCUUUCCUAGUCGUGCAUUGUGGCGUCCAUGGAGCAACAGACAAAAUCAAAUUAGAAAAGUGCUCAUUUAAUGAAUUUUGUCUGCAGGAUUUUAAAGGAAAGUGUCUUGCAGAUCCGAUCAUUAGUUUAAAUAACUCAGGAAAAUGUCAGAGACUUGAAACAAAGCUCAAUGUUGAUAAAAUUACAAAUGUUCUGAAUGAAUCAUAUCGACCGAUGUUUGAAUCUUCGUGUGAUGUUGGAAAAUAUUUAUGUGGCUACAUAUAUCUCAAAUCCCUCGACAUUGAUCCACAAAGAUCACUUUUCGUCCAUGUGCCUUGCAUCAACAAGCCUUUUUCAACACAUGAAACAGCUAACGGUAUCUU